UCCGGCUCGUCCGCAGACGGAGCGCGUCUCUGAAGCGGCACCGAGCGAAGAGGCGCGCGAGCAGGAGCAGCGGGCCGGGGGAGGUUCGGUCCUUCACAUGCCCGUCAGAGGAGCGGAAUAAGAACCCGAGCGGCCAGAGGGUGUCCUUGUAACAAAAGCGAGAGGAGGAGAAGCUGGUGCCGAGUGGAAAAUGGAGCUGCCCGCCGCGGGAGAGCACGUCUUCGCGGUGGAGAGCAUCGAGAAGAAGCGCAGCAGGAAGGGGCGGGUGGAAUAUCUGGUCAAGUGGCGGGGAUGGUCUCCAAGAUACAACACGUGGGAACCAGAGGAGAACAUUUUGGAUCCCAGGCUGCUGGAUGCCUUCCAGGACAGGGAGCGCCAGGAGCAGCUGAUGGGAUUCCGGAAGAGGGGCCCGAAACCCAAACACGUCCUGGUUCAGGUGCCGUCGUUUGCCAGAAGGUCCAGCAUUCUGGCCGACCUCCGGGAAGACGAGGACGGCCGCCACAAGCCCGCCUCCAUCCAGAUGCUCCGCCCACAGGCGCCGCAGUACACCCUGAACAGCAAGAAGCACCACCAGUUCCAGCCGCUGUGCCGGGAGCGCGAGGCCGAGCAGCAGGCCAACGGCAAGAAGUUCUACUACCAGCUCCACAGCAAGAAGCACCACCACUUCCAGCCGGAGCUCAAGGCGCACGAGCCCCGCUUCGCCAAACCGCGGGACGCCAAGGCCCCGGCGGCGGCGGAGAAGGGCUACAACCUGCCCGCCGUGCUGCAGCAGAAGUGGGUCCGGGACAAGGACUCGGGCUGCCUGACCAAAGUGAGGGACAUCACCAUGGAGCUGAAGAAGCUCCCGGCCGACCUGAACGGGCGCCAGGAGCCGGAGCCCGCCAGAACCAAGGACGCCGCGCUGAGCCGGGCCAACGGCGUCAGCAGCGGCAAGCUCAAGAUCGUCAAGAACAAAAACAAGAACGGCCGGAUUGUUAUUGUCAUGAGCAAGUACAUGGAGAACGGGAUGCAGACGGCGAAGGUCAAAGCCGGCGGCUGCGAGGCCGUGAGUCUGCCGCCGGGCGCGGACGGCGACUCGGAGCGCCACCUGGAGAAGAUGAAGCUCGUCAAGAAGCUCGGCCUCAUGAACGGCUUCGCUAAAAGCCUCAAAGACAAACCCGGCGCGCCCGGCGGUGGAUUAAACGGCGAUGGCCCCAGAGAAACGGAACAGUCCCCCAGAACCGAGCCCGCUGUGACGGAGAAGGACAAACUCGGGGGCGUCGAGGGUCAGGCGCAGAAUCCAACCCGUCAGCCUCUGCUGUUGACAGCCAGGUGUCCCCUGCUCUCCCCGCCGCUGGAACGGGCCGUCCCGCCCCCGACGGACCCAACGGGGAGCCCGGGCGGGUCCGAGGGGCUGAAGAGACGCCUCUCUGAGCCCGGCGCCGAGGAGCACGGCGGCGCCAAGAGGUUCUUCAGCUGCCGGAGCAUCAGCGCUCCCAACGCCGCGUCUUCGCCCGUCCAAGGUGUCAGCGCGGACCAAAACGGGCGGCGGGACGUCUCGGGGCCUCAGGGCGUCUCGGAGCCGGAGAACUGCGGCUUCCCAGACCAGGACGAGCCCAUGGACUUGAGCAUGGUCAAGUCGAGGCCUGCGGCCGCACCGGAAACACACACUCGCAGCGACACACAGGCUCAGGCCGAGACGCUAAAACCCGCAGAGGGGGACAGGGACGCUUCACCGCUGCCGGUUUCUCACAAAGAAAAGACUAAAGAGGACCGCUUCCCGGCGUUCCAGCCCUUCCUGGGGAACAUCCUCAUCACGGACAUCACCACCAACUGCCUCACCGUCACAUUCAAGGAGUACGUCACGGCGUAGGGACGGCAGAGCGCCACACCGACCACUUCACUGCAGACAUGGACAGGACACAGAUCUGUAUUUUUGGAUGCUUGAAUGUACAAAUGAACUUUUUGAUGUUUUUUUCAUUUUGCAUAGUUCAGAUUUUAAAGAAAAGUCCUUUAUUGCUGUGUUUGCAUAUUUUGACUUAUAAGCUGGUUAUUUCUGGAGAUUUUUAUCACAAGCAGUGUCUGAUUUCAGCUCGUUUCAAACUCUGAUCUGCAGAAUUAGACGGGCGAGGUGACAGAACUUUAAUGGAAUUGCAUUUAGUUGUGUAAAUAUUUGUCACUUUUUUUUUCCUAUGGAUGUCGUUUGAUUUAUACACUCAGCUGUUCGUCUGCUCACCUCAACGGAGAAAUUCUAUUGAAUCAUGGUAAAUGACACUGUGUGUGUGUGUGUGUGUGUGUGUGUGUGUGUGUGUGUGUGUGUGUGUGUGUGUGUGUGUGUGUGUGUGUGUGUGACGGGACCUGCGCUGCUUGGACAGACGUCCUGCUUCAGACCAGUGUAAAUGAAGCGGCUUUCUGUCGAUAAACCUGAUCCAGAUCGUUGAAUCAGACGGUGAAUAUUAAUAUUUGUGAUUUUCUUUUUGCUGUCGGAUACAUUCAAUGUUUUUUCUUGACUCAUACGUGUUGAGAUUUAAUACUGAGCACAAGCCACUUCCACUUAAACAGAUGAUUUACAAUCCUGUGACUAUUAAUUUAUGUUCUGCACCAGUGCACUAAACUGAAAACGACAUUUGUCUGAAACGUGAUACCAGCCACAAAUCUGAGAGUUGAGCUGCGUAAUCCAGCAGAUUAUAGCACCAGCUGGGCGCUCGGUGCUCCAACUUCUCAUGUUUCUCCUCUUUGUGCAGCACAGUUUUCAGUCAGACGGGAAGGCUUUGUCUGGUAAAACACCGCAGGAAUUAAAAAUGUGUAAAAGCACAUUUCAUACUCGGUGCUUCACCCCCGUGUCGUACAUGUCAUAUUUUUUAAAAUCCCUUCCGGCGCUGUGAUCUGAGGAGUCGUUCUGUGAGAAUGUCCAGCACUUGGUUUUCUGUUGACUGUGCAGAAUGAGGACUCUUCCUGAUAUGGUGAGUUUUGCAAUAAUAAAAUCA